AUGGCCAUACCAUGGGUUAGUGAUGCUUCUUUGUCUCAGCCUAUAGAUGUAACAUUUCCAAACUUGGUGAAAAAUGCCAGAUAUAGAGACUACAUGGUCAAUAGGGCAUUGAUCACACCAUUUAACGAGUACGUCGAGAAGCUUAAUGACCGAGUACUUAGCAUCUUUCAUGGAAAAGAGGUUCUGUUAUACUCACUUGAUUAUGUGGACGACGAUACUCACGGUACUUACCAACAAGAAUACCUGAACAACAUUGCUCCUGGAGGUUUGCCAUCACACAUUUUGAAAUUAAAGAUCAGUGCGCCUAAUAUGUUGUUUCGGAAUGUUGAUGCAAAAAAUGGUCUAUGUAAUGGUACCAGGAUGUCACUGGAGCCACCUGAGAAUCUGAAGCUCCCGUACAAGUUUAAACGUAAACAGUUUCCGAUCUGUUUGUGUUUCGCCUUUACAGUCAACAAGGCACAAGGGCAGACGAUCGAAAACACGGAUAUUAUUUUCCCUGAACAUGUGUUCAGCCAUGGUCAAUUGUACGUUGCUCUCUCGAGAGGAGUGUCAAGUAGCAACACAAAAGUAUUAGUGACUAAAGGCACCAUUGCUAAAAAUAAGGGAACAUACACGAAAAAUGUUGUGUAUAAAGAAGUGUUUUUGUCUUAG